UUCUUGUAUCGGUAUAGGCGGUAUUCUCCAUGUCGUAUGAAAAAGGUCACAGCAAGACUGUCCAGUCAGCUGCCAAUGACAUUCCGUGGUCUUAUUGGCCAGUUUCCGUGCUCCCCCUCCCCCUGUUUCUCUCCUCCAUGCAAACGUGCAUGAAGUCACUCCAUUAUCGCUCCUCCUCCUCCAUAGAUGGCUAUGAGUUUGUCCGUCUCACUGGUAACCGCUACAGAUUUUUCUCUCAAUGUAUUAAAUGACGUAGAGCACCCACGCUGAGAAUCUCAACCCAACUCCUGUUUAACGGAGCCCAUGUGACAAACCCCACGCGCUGCAAAAGCUUUAGCUUCCCCUCCCACCUUCCCCUCUCAUCUCUCCUCCUCUUCUCUUGCUCUCCUCACUUCUUACCGCUCAUUGUGCUCGCUGUGGCAUUCUUCAUCCCUCUUUUGGAAAAGAGCCGGCUGCCUAAUGCGCGUCUUGCGUGAUGGAUAAGCGUUAACUGAAAGAGCUAAAAACUGGACGUAUACUCGCUCGGACAGACAGCAUGGCUCCAACGGGGCCUCCGUGUAAACAUCUCCACUGUAUCUGACAGCUGUGAGUUCGCCUGUCAAGAAGGUGAAUAAAGGAGCGUAGAAGACCAGUAGGAGGACAGAAAGGCAUUUUCCAUUGUGAGCAGGUAAAACAGAAGACGACCAAGAGACAUCAGAAGAAGGGGAGCAGCGGCGACGGAGAGGGGAAAGUGUGGACAUCUCGCUGGAUGAAGGAAGCAGACUGGCUGUCCCUUCCCUGGCGUGAUGGAGUGAGACAAGGAAUGAGGGUGGAUGGUGAGAGCGGGCAGCAGCAGCAGCAGUGGAGGGGCCGGAGGAGGAGGAGGUGCAGGGGGAGGUGGUGGAGCAGGAGGUGGCCGGAGAGGCAGGAGCAAGUAUCGCUCGAGGAGGCGAUUCUCCGGCUCGUCUGUGGCUGAGCGGCUCAGCUGCAAUAGCGGCGAGAAAAUGUCGCCCAGCAUCAGGAAGUUGGACUGUUUCUCGCCCAUGCUGUGCCAUUGUAAAGUGGCCUGUACAAACAGCACCAUCUCGCUCAUGUUUGGAUGCAAGAAGUACAGGCAGCAUGAUGAAGACACAGGAUCUCCACAGGAGCAGAGUUCGCCCCAGCUUACUGAUGAGGCUCCUGGGCCAGAGCUGGUCCAGGUGGCAGAGAAAAACCUCUCCCAGAUUGAGAAUGUCCAUGGCUACGUGGCACACGCACAUAUCUCCCCAAUGAAGGUUGAAUCGCUGGAAUGCAUCUUCGAUGGGGCGUCUACUGUAGUGAAUGAGGAGAGUACCCCUCCUCCACUUACUCCCCUCUCCAACCCGUACCCUCAAAGUCCUGUGACCGUCCAGCAGACAGAUGCUGUCCCACCCUCCACUCUCAUAAUCCCCGUGAUCCCAAUCUCCACUGUCCCCGCGGAGCCCGCUGUCAUCCCUCCAUCGACGUCACAGGCAAAUCCGCCUCCUGUUGUGGUUAAUACAGAGAGUUUGGAUUCAGCCCCAUACGUUAACGGUACAGAGGCUGACUUUGAGUAUGAGGAGAUUACGCUGGAAAGGGGAAAUUCAGGGCUGGGCUUCAGUAUCGCCGGUGGCACAGAUAACCCUCACAUUGGUGAAGACCCUAGUAUAUUCAUCACUAAAGUCAUCCCGGGGGGCGCUGCAGCUCAGGACGGGAGAUUGCGGGUGAACGACGUGAUUCUACGAGUGAACGAGGUGGACGUCAGGGACGUGACCCACAGUAAGGCAGUGGAGGCAUUGAAGGAGGCAGGGUCACUGGUCAGACUGUACGUCAGGAGGAGAAAGUCUGCGUCAGAGAAGGUCAUGGAGAUCAAGCUCAUCAAAGGACCCAAAGGUCUUGGUUUCAGUAUAGCAGGAGGUGUUGGAAAUCAGCACAUCCCCGGGGACAAUAGCAUCUACGUGACAAAAAUUAUCGAAGGUGGAGCCGCACACAAAGAUGGAAGACUACAAAUAGGAGACAAACUUCUUGCUGUGAAUAGCUCCUGCCUGGAAGAGGUUACCCAUGAGCAUGCCGUGACUGCCUUGAAAAAUACCCCAGACGUGGUCUACUUAAAAGUGGCUAAACCCAACAGUGUCUUCAUUAAUGACAGUUUCGCCCCACCUGACAUCACCAACUCCUAUUCCCAGCACAUGGAAAACCAUAUCAACCCCCCAAGCUAUCUGAGCCAACCGCUGCCCCCGGUGCAUUCAGGACGCUAUUCCCCGACCCCAAAGACCAUGGUGGGGGAUGAUGAUGUCACCAGGGAGCCCAGGAAGGUUGUACUGCAUCGGGGGACCACAGGACUCGGUUUUAACAUUGUGGGUGGUGAGGAUGGAGAGGGCAUCUUUAUCUCCUUCAUCCUCGCUGGAGGCCCUGCAGACCUGUGCGGAGAGCUCAGUAAAGGAGACCGUCUGGUGUCUGUGAAUGGAAUAGACCUCCGCGGUGCCACUCACGAACAGGCAGCGGCAACCCUGAAGAACGCCGGACAAACCGUUACCAUUGUGGCCCAGUACAGACCAGAAGAGUACAGCCGAUUUGAGGCCAAGAUCCAUGACCUCCGAGAACAGAUGAUGAACAGCAGCAUCAGUUCGGGCUCAGGAUCACUGAGGACCAGUCAGAAGAGAUCAUUAUACGUUAGGGCACUGUUUGAUUAUGAUAAAACUAAGGAUUCAGGGCUGCCCAGCCAAGGCUUGAACUUUAAGUUUGGGGACAUCUUGCACGUUGUGAACGCUUCAGACGAUGAGUGGUGGCAGGCACGGCAGGUCACUCCUCAGGGAGAGGUGGAGGAGAUGGGCGUCAUCCCCAGCAAGAGAAGGGUGGAGAAGAAGGAAAGAGCCAGAUUAAAGACAGUCAAAUUUAACUCCAAGUCACGGGAGAAAGUACAGUCCCUCAAUGACAAGCGUAAAAAGAACCUCUUUUCCCGCAAGUUCCCAUUCUACAAGAACAAGGAGACGAGUGAGCAGGAAACGAGCGAUGUGGACCAGCAUGUCACCUCCAAUGCCAGUGAUAGUGAGAGUAGUUACCGUGGUCAAGAGGAAUAUGUGCUGUCCUACGAGCCAGUCUGUCAACAGGAAGUUAACUACGCACGACCAGUGAUCAUCUUGGGUCCGAUGAAGGACAGAGUAAAUGAUGACCUGAUAUCAGAAUUCCCCGACAAAUUUGGCUCGUGUGUUCCCCAUACAACAAGGCCAAAGCGUGAUUACGAGGUGGAUGCCAGAGACUACCACUUUGUUGUGUCUAGAGAGCAGAUGGAGAAAGACAUACUGGAGCACAAGUUCAUUGAGGCGGGCCAGUACAACAAUCACCUGUAUGGAACCAGCGUGCAGUCUGUCAGAGAGGUGGCCGAAAAGGGCAAACACUGCAUUCUAGAUGUAUCAGGCAAUGCUAUCAAGAGACUGCAAGUGGCUCAGCUUUACCCCAUCGCUAUUUUCAUCAAACCCAAAUCAAUGGAAAACAUCAUGGAGAUGAACAAAAGAUUCACAGAGGAACAAGGCAGGAAGACAUAUGAUAGAGCUAUGAAGCUGGAACAGGAGUUUAUGGAGCAUUUCACAGCCAUUGUUCAAGGGGACACUUUGGAAGAGAUCUACGAUCAAGUAAAGCAGAUCAUUGAGGAACAGUCUGGGCCAUUCAUCUGGAUACAGUCCAAGGAGAAACUAUGAGCACCUUCAGGAGUUUGUCAUCCCUCUCUCUUUGCCUGAUUUAUUUAUUGAUUCUGUCCUCUUUUUUUGUUAAUUCUUUUUCAUAGUUGGGCGUCUCCAAGUGACAUGCAUUCAACAUAUUAAUUCCAGCAUACUUCACUCUCUGUUUAGUCCUACUUCUUCACCUCCUGACUUUGAGCUCCUCCAGUAGCUGUUUAAAGAAAAGAGGAUCAAUCUUUUUCAGAUCUCAACUGCUUCCAAGCUUACAGAAAGCUACAGUAUGUUAGACCAGCAUCUGUUUACCAGGGUUUUCGGAAACGGUACAGUUCCUUAAUGUUUAAGGGAGGUUACUUUGUAAGGAAAAAGAGUGGAUUUAGUUUUCUUUCGUUGUUGUCUUUUUUGUGGUGUAAGAUUGUGAUAUGGAGCUUGGGUCUCAGGCAUUGGAUUGGUAAAAUGGUGAAAAACACAAAAAGCAAAACUUUGCACGUUCUAGCUUUUACGACCAUGUGUUCUUUGCUCUUUCUUUAUUGUCGUUCAUUUCCAUCAUAAUCCAUUACGUUCAGUACAUUUAUCUUAUUCUCUUUUCCCUUUAUUGUUGUAUUGGCAUGCUUAUUGUUCUCCUCAUUCUAAAUGUCUGCGUUAUGGAGCCGUUGUGUUUAGAUGAUGUCCGGCCGCACGGGCGCAAGACGUGUGCCGCCGUUGUUUUAGAAUGUUGGAGUCUGCGAUCAGUGUCUUACACAGAGUACGUGUUUUCAACACUCAUGAUUUACAUUUAGGAAAGUCUGCCAUUUCUAAGGAACUGAUAUUUUUAAGAGAUGUCUUCACACAUUCUUGGCAAUAAAGUGCCAGCGCAUAUGUGGAAGAAAUUUAUUGUACAAUGAGAUCUUAACAGAUAUUUAACCCUCCAUAAACUGCCUAUUUUGUUAUAAUAAAAUUCUAUAUUGAGCUUUACUUGAGCACUAUUAUGAUGGGAGUUAUUUUCUUGACAUCGUAAAAUGUAUAUUAGAGCAAGAGAUUUAAAAACAAAAUAGUACGAAUAUAUUUUUUUCCUUUUUCUGUUUCCACCCUCUGUUUAUUUUCAUAAACUGCAAGAGAUGGGAGAGAGGGGACCACAUCAGUAGAUUGGAAACUGAGACUAGCAGAUGAUGAAUGCGAUAUUUGAGUGCCGUCACACUCCGACAGCUAGUUUUCGCGCUUCCUCUUCUCUGUCUACCCACCACUUCCAGCAUCAUCUGCUCAAGUGUGCUACAUCAGAGUUAUAACAGUGUGGAGAAGAAUGCUCUGUCCGAUUCCCCCUCUCAGACGCAAACCGAUUCAGACGGAUGAAAAGCUUCUCAAGGCUGUCGAAGCGUUGGCACAGGGCUGACGCUAGUGAACUGAACGCACCACAGAGACUCAUUUUUCUAAACUCGUCCUGGAGAGGGGGACAUGUCUGCUCUUCCUACGACGUGGUUGUUUUCUAUACUAAGACUGCUUGUUGUACCACCUCACCACCUCUGCUUUUUAGGGACUGGCAUAAAUGAAACAUGUAAAUAACCUACUGAUCUGAUUCAUUCCAUUGAUCCAAACGAACAAGAGGAGAAUGGCUAAUUCAAGAAAAUAAAACAAAAUGUU